UUAUUUUUUAACUGUAGCCGUGGUUUUAUCACAUGACAACUGCUGUUUUCUGUUUUCUUGUAAUACUUCAGAGUUAAACAGUGAAUUGAAUCGUUCAUUUAACUUAAAUUGAAUUAUUUUGAAAUCUAGUCUUUAAUUGUAUUAAUACAAUGGGUGCAUCAGCAGUUCCUUUUGUGAUUUUUACUUUAUUCUGGUUAUUGGUUGGAGGAGUUUUACCUUGGUUUGUACCUAAGGGAAUCAAUAGAGGGUACAAUACUUUAUUUACUUUUUUAUUUUCUUCCAUGAAAAGCUGGCUCUGUUGCUACAUGGUACAGAUGAAUCCACUAUUUGGACCUCAACUACCAACUGCUACUUUAGCUGUGAUGAAAGAAGUUUGGAAGAAAUAAUUGGUUGAAAAAAGUUUUGUAUUAUUUUCUGUAUAAUCAAGAUAGAUUGAAGGUUAGCUCAGUAUAUUCAUGGAAGAAAUCAUGUGAUUUUUGUUUCAUCUGUAUAUAUGCGAUUCUUUUCGAAGAAGUCACUCUCAAUUGUAUGAUGUUUAAAAUUUUUCUUGCAUUAUAAAAUUAUAUAUUAUCAUUAUUUUCUGUUGAUGUUCAUAGAGUUGGAUAUGAAAUAAAUUAUUUAUUGUUCCAGAAAAA